AUGGCCCGUCUCACUACCGUUGGUGGCCUGUUGGCACAAGCGGCAGCAUCUUAUGCAUUUACCUGCCAGUCGAGCGCCAGCGCAGCCUACAAUGCUACGUCCAACUACCUGGGCUGCUACACUGGCGGCACAAGCAUUCUCUCUGCCGUCAAGCUCAGCACUAUCGCCAUGACACCUCAGCUGUGUACCAGCUGGUGUGGUGAGCGUGGUUUCCAAUACGGUGCCAUUGUCUUUGGAACGUAG